GAGAUGCAGGAAACUGACUUGCAUUCUACCGCCGUUUAGUUGAAAAACCUGGCAAUUUAAUAAUGAAGUUUCUCGUUGUUCUCUUAAGUCUUGUGUGCGCCCUAGCCCUUGGGGCGCCAAACGUGCAAAAGGUGAAUUCACCCCGUCCAGCCUACGUAAAAGAUAUAGAAAUUUUGCCAUCCGACGACACCAGGAUAAUACGUGGUCAAAAUGCCGUUAGAAACCAAUUCCCCUACCAAGUUUCCUUACGGUGGGGUUACAUAUCAUCACCGUCCCACAUCUGCGGUGGCAGUAUCAUUAGUUCACUGGUGGUACUCACGGCUGCCCAUUGUAUCCAAGACUACGGUAGCUAUACAAUCGUUGCUGGACUUCUAGAUAGAGCCGAAAGUACGUCAUCUACUCAAAGCCGAAGUGUUAGCAACAUUGUCGUACACGAGAACUGGCCCGGCGGUAGUAGCCCAGCCCCAUGGGACCUUUCCUUAAUAGUAGUAGAAACACCCUUCACUGUUACCUCUUCCGUCCAACCCAUUGAACUUCCUAGCCAAGGAGCCCCUACAUCUGGAGACGUCGUCGUUUCUGGAUGGGGAAGGACGUCAGGUAUAAUUUCCACUAUCCCAAGUACCUUACAAUACGCAGACCUAGAAGUUCUACCAAACGAAGAGUGCGCUGAAGAUUUGAUUAGUGUGAUGGGAAGUUCCGGUGUUUUAGACGAGACCCAAAUUUGUACGAGUGGAAGACAAAGGAAGGCAGUUUGCAGUGGUGACUCUGGUGGCCCAUUGGUCAAAGACGGUGUCCAAGUAGGUAUUGUCUCGUGGGCUGUCACGCCAUGUGGCAUCACCAUUGCUCCAUCUGUCUAUACAAGAGUUUCAAGCUAUUCUAACUGGAUUUACAAUAAUUUACAUCUCCUCGUAGUACUUUUAGGCUCUGUGUGUGCCCUAGUCGUUGGGGCACCAAGCGUACAAAAAAUAGAUUCACCCCAUCCGGCAUACAUAAAAGAUGUAGAAAUUUUGCCAUCCGACGAUACCAGAAUAAUUCGAGGUCAGGCAGCCGUUAGAGACCAAUUCCCUUACCAGAUUUCCCUGCGCUGGGGUUUCCUUUCAACCGCCUCCCACAUCUGCGGUGCUAGUAUCAUUAGUUCUUUGGUGGUACUCACGGCUGCCCAUUGUAUCCAAGACUACGGUACCCACACAGUUGUGGCUGGACUUCUGAAUCGAGUCGAAACUACCUCGGCUACUCAAAGCAGAAGUGCUAGCAACAUUGUAGUUCACGAAAACUGGCCUGGCGGUAGUGUUGUCUCUCCAUGGGACGUUGCUUUAAUAAUAGUAUCAUCACCGUUCGUAUUUACCACUUCCGUCCAACCAAUCGAACUUCCUAGCCAAGGAGCCCCUACAUCUGGAGAUGUCGUCAUUUCUGGAUGGGGAAGGACGUCAGGAAUAAUAUCCGGUGCCCCAAGCGUACUACAAUACGUCGACCUAGAAGUUCUACCAAACGAAGAGUGCGCUGAAGAUUUGGUUAGUGUGUUGGGAACAUCGAAUCCAUUGGACGAAACGAUGAUCUGUACCAGUGGAAGACAAUACGCAGGAGUUUGCAGUGGUGACUCUGGUGGCCCAUUGGUCAAAGACGGUGUCCAAGUAGGUAUCGUCUCGUGGGGAGUCUCACCAUGUGGCAUCACUAUUGCCCCCUCCGUCUUCACAAGAGUUUCAAGCUAUUCCAACUGGAUUUACAAUAACUUGUAAAACGGCUAUCUGCCGCUCCUUUGACAGGCAUUUGUUUUCGAGAAUAUAAAUAAUUCUGUACGCAAACCGAAACAUUAAAUAAAACAACCAAGGACUAAUAUAUAA